AUGCGACAUCUAGCUGCAUUCUGCCUGCUCUUCCCACUCCUGCUCUUGACGGAGCUUGUUACGGGUGCGCCAUCCAGCUCACUGCAGGAAUAUAAUCGCCGGUCGAGCAAGUCUAUCUUGCUCAAGACUCGACGAGUCAACAAGCCCACCCUACGCCGACGUCAAGAUGACGGUGAUUCGUUCUUGACUACGAUAGCCUGGGAUCCGACGGAAUCCCAAUACGAGAUCUCCGUGGGCAUCGGCACCCCUCUGCAGGAUAUCUUGCUCGUCGUCGACACGGGCAGCUCGGACACGUGGGCGUUUCCCCCGGACCUGUGCAGCAUCACGCCCAACUGCUUCUGGUCGUUCGAUCCGGACCAGUCGAGCACUUACGAAGUGGUCGGAAGUGGCGCUUUCAGCAUCACAUACGAAGAGGGGACUAGCGUGGCGUCGGGGGACUUUUUCAAGGACACGGCGAGCUUCGAGGGUGGUGUGCAAGUUGAGGACGUACAAUUCGGGCUGGCGACGGCCAUCACGGGCAAUCUGAGUUACGGAGUAGCGGGCCUGGGCUUCGACACCAACGAAGCCGAGCCGGGCUAUCCUGACCUGAUAGACAUGCUGGUCAGCUCCGGCACCAUCGACACGCCGUUGUUCAGCCUCUGGUCCGACCUGAUUGGUCCCGACAGCGGCGGGUACAUUCUCUUUGGCGGUGUCGACGAAACAGCCUACAAAGGCGACAUCGUCUGGCGGCCCAUGGUGGCAGACGACGACGGCGUGUACCGCGAGUACGCCAUCACCCUGACGGGCUGGGGAACCACCGCCGAUCCACCCAAACAACUCGUCCCCGUCGACGUCAAGCUCGACAUGCUUCUGGACUCGGGCACCACAAACAUCGUCGUGCCCCAAGACAUGUACAAUGCCAUCGUCGGCUACCUUCCCUUCGCCGUCAACAAUGGCAAUGUGGAUUGCACUGGCAUCCCCGCCGGGUCCGUCGACUUUUACUUUGGCGACGAGCUCAAGAUCUCGAUCCCCUUCCAGGCGCUUGUGCUCCCGCUGUCCCCGGGUUCGGACAGCUGCUUCUUCGGCAUCGAGGUUGCGUCCGAGGGAGGGUGGUUGAUUCUGGGUGACACCUUUUUGCAGAACGCCUAUGUUGCUUUUGACUUGGCCAAUUAUCGCUUUGGUAUCGCUCCGACGAACUAUGGGCCGACGGAUUCAUCAUGA